ACCCUUCAUAUCUCAGUUUGAACUUUGAAUAACUCUCCUAAGCAAUCUUUAAUUUGAAGGCUUUUGCAGGUCUGAGAAACCACAAUAUCCGAUUUCCAUUUCCCAACCUGAAAAUUAAACCAUGGCUGAAGGAGUUCUCUUCCAUGUAGCUGGCGAGAUCUUGAUGAAGCUAGGCUCUAUAGCUUCCCAACGGCUUGGAAUGGUGCGGGGAGUGGAGAAUGAUCUUACCAAACUCACCAGCACUGUUUCGGUCAUUAAGAACGUACUUCUUGAUGCAGAGGAGCACUGUCAAACUAAAACUGAUCACACUCUACAGGAUUGGCUCCAAAAGCUGGAAGAAGCUCUUUACGACGCGGAGGAUGUGCUUGAUGAACUCUCCAGUGAGACUCUCCAUCGAGAAGUCGUGACUAAAGGAAAAAAUGCAAAGCAAGUAAGGAUCUUCUUCUCCGGAUCUAACCAGAUUGCAUUUAAUUAUAGGGUGGCUCGUAAUAUAAAGAAAAUUUGGGAGAGGCUAGAUGCUAUUGAUGCUGAAAGAAAACAAUUUAAUUUGACUGAAAACUGUCAACAAAGGACUCUAUAUGGUUCGUUUGAUCAAAUCAUGAUGGGAAGAAAAGAAACUUGCUCUUUUCCAAAUGUAGAGGAAGUGAUUGGAAGGGAUUAUGAUAAGAAAAAAUUAAAGGACCUUUUAUUGGAUAUAAAUAUGAAUGUCAGGCACAAUGUUUCAUUCAUUGUAAUAGCUGGAAUGGGCGGGAUAGGCAAGACGACUUUGGCUAAAUCUCUCUACCAUGAUAGAGAGGUAUCAGAAUGUUUUGAUUCAACAAUAUGGAUUUGGAUUUCUGAUCAAUUUGAGGUUAGAGUAGUAGUGGAAAAAAUAAUAGAAUCGGCAACCAAAAGGAAACCUAAUGUUGAAGGAAUGGAAGCUUUAAACAGUGAGCUUCAAGAAGUGAUUGGAGGAAAGAAGUACCUGUUAGUUAUGGAUGACGUAUGGAAGGAAACUGAAGAGAAAUGGCAUGAGUUGAAACCUUUGUUAAUGGGUGGUGCAAGUGGGAGUAAGAUUUUGAUCACAAAGCGUGAUAGUAAAGUAGCUACAGAAAUUGAAAGCAUGACUUCUUUGUUCACUUUAAAAGGCUUACAAGAGAGUAAUUCUUGGUCAUUGUUUAGGAAAGUGGCAUUUAAAGAAGCCAAAGAUCCUGCAAAUUCAAACUUGAUAAAGUUGGGAAAGGAGAUUUUAGCGAAAUGUGGAGGUGUCCCUCUCGUAAUAAGACACAUAGGACGCUUGUUAUACUCUAAGACUUCAGAAGAAGAGUGGAUGUCCUUCAAGAAUAACGAACUUUUGAAAGUCAUUCAACAAACUGAUAAAAACGAUGGUUUGACACCUAUAUUAAACUUGAGCUAUAACCAUCUCCCACCAAAUUUGAAGCAAUGUUUUGCUUAUCUAUCCCUAUUUCCCAAAGGGACGAGGUUAGAGAUAAAAGAUUUGAUUAGACAAUGGAUGGCUCACGGUUUUAUAGAAUCAUCAAAUGGAACUGCUAAUUCCAUGGAAGAGGUAGGAAAGAGCUAUUUCAAGGAAUUAUGCUGGAGGUUCUUUUUUGAAAAUUCGAGUGACGAGUGUAACUUCGACGACGAUGUUGAUAUGCAUGAUGUGAUGCGUGAAGUUGCGAUGAAUGUAGCAGGAGAGAAAUAUGUACAUGGAAAUCUCAAUUGUGAUUUUGUUGUCAGCGAAAAAACUCGACAUAUUUUAUUUGACAGUAAAAUAAAAUUAUGGCAGGAUGUUCUAUUGAAAUUACAGAAGGCAAAAGGAUUAAGAACCUUCCUAUUUUUAUCAUAUUUUCCAUUUAAAAAUAGGCUUGAGGACAAUAUUGAAGCUGUUUUGGAGGAACUAUGUUCCAGUUUUCCACGUUUGCGAGUACUGGGUCUCAAUCACUCAAAAAUUCAUGUGGUGCCAAAUUCUAUAAAAAAUUUGAGACAUCUUCGAUAUCUAAAUCUCUCAAGAAAUUACAUGGAAUCACUCCCAACUUCUAUUACUAAACUGCAAAAUUUGCAAAGUCUAGAUCUAAAGGAUUGCUAUAAGCUAAAUGAACUGCCAAGGGACACCAGCAAUCUUGUUAAUCUUAGGCAUCUUGUUUUACCUGAUCAUUUAGAUACACCACUCCAUAUGCUAGAAGGGAUGAGGAAGUUGAGUUGUCUACGGACACUAGGUUAUUUUGUGUUGGAUUGCAAAAGGUCCAAUAUGCAAAGUGAAUUGAAUGUGCCGAACUAUUUUAAUGGAAGGUUAAAAAUCGUAGGAUUGGAGCAGUUGAGGCGUACUCCAUCCAAAGUCGGCUUAGUUAACCUGAAAGACAUUCAAGGCUUGCGAGAUUUGAAACUGGUAUGGAAACUGAGCGGCCGAGAUGAUGAUGAAGGCGAAGGUAAGGGUGAUGAAAGAGUUAUGGAAGGCCUACAACCACAAUCAAAUGUUGAAUCCUUGCGCAUUGAAGGGUACAGUGGAGUAGGAUUACCCAAUUGGGUCUCCACCUCGCUCUCCAACUUAACCAAAAUUGCAAUUUGUAAUUGCCACAGAGUGCAACAUCUACCUCAGUUGGCCCACCUUCAGACUCUCAAAGGUAUAUUUUUAGAGGACAUGAGAUCUCUCAAAUUCGUAGACAAGAAUGAGCCAGGCUUGUUGUGUUUUCCAUCUCUCGUGAGUCUACGGUUGAAAAACAUGGGUAAUUUGGAAGGAUGGUGGGAAUCAAGAGUAGUAGGAGAAACUCUUCCCAUUUUUCCUGAGCUUCAAUACCUACGUAUCCAGCACUGUCCCAAGUUAAGUCUCAUGCCCAAGAUAGCUUCCAGUACUCUAGACUCUUUUUUUUUAUGUGAUGUUGGUGUUCAAGUGGUGACUGCAAUAGGUCCAUUGUGGAAUUUUGAGGUUGUAAUACUCCAAGAAAUUAAGGAUCUCAAAGAUCUAGAAAUGGAAUCUCAUCAAAACCGAAACCAAGACCUGGGUUCUUCUUCUUUGUCAAUGUCCUCGAGGUCGCCUACACGACUUCGAUUUCUGACAAUAGAGAAAUGCUCCAAUUUGAUGAGUUUACCAGAAUGGAUUGGCACCAUCACUUCGCUUUGGAAAGUGACCAUUAUAGACUGUCCGAAAUUAAAAUCAUUACUGGAGGGAAUGCGGCAACUCAAAUCUUUGAAAUACCUGACCAUAAAGGGGUGCCCAGAGCUGGAAGAAAGAUGCAAGGAAGGAGGAGAGGAUUGGCCUAACAUUGCGCACAUCCCCAUUCUAUGUUUUUCAGAGGAAGGAGCAGUAGAGGCAGUAGAAACAGCAGAAAUAGCAGAGAGUGGGAUAUGGAGGAAAAUGAAAGAUUUCAUACCCAAUAUACGUUCCUCUUUGACUUGUGGGUGCUGACAUAUGCAUGGAAGCAGUGGGAAAAGAUUGUACAUAUUUAUUCAACAAAUACCAGCUGGCUGGGGUGAUGAAUGCUGAAUUUUUGCUGUUGGCACUUUGGAUGAUAGUCACUGAAGAGCAGCAACAUGAUUUCAACAAAUUGGCACCCUCACUUCGUUUAAGGAGCUGGUGAUUAUUGAAUGUCCGAAAUUAAAUUCAGUACCAGAGGGAAUGCAGCAACUCAAAUCUUUGAAAUACCUUCACAUAAAGGGGUGCCUAGAACUCCAAAAAAGAUGCAAGCAGGGAGGAGAGGAUUAGCUUAAGAUUGCACACAUCCACCAUACAUACUAACACGGCACAGACUUGUACAGCUUGGGAAGAGUACACCUAUUCCAUCUGGAAAAGGAUCCAUAAAAAAGCAACGGAAUUUUAGGGUUAUGUCAGGAAGCUCCAUGGAAACAGCAGCUAAUGUUGUUCCCAGUUUGAACUAUGUGCAGAACGGCAAACAUGUAAUGGAGCCACAACUAUGAAGAUGUGAUAGAACUACAACCGGUGUUUCCACAAGGUGGUUAGUGUAGCAAGUGAUCUAUCCAGAAGUGUUGGAUAGAAUCGGGCUCCCAUUCCCAACCGAAAGUAUAUGAGUUGCAUGACUAUUCGAGUCAAGAUACAAGUGGCACUUUGUUCGAGAGGAGGAUUGUUAGGAUUGCAAGAUAUGCGGACAAAGUCUCACAUUGGCUAGAGAUGGGGUGAUCCAUUAUAAGAGAAGACAAUUAUCUCUAUUGGUGUGAAGCCCUUUGGGUGAAAUCAAAAAUAAAACCGUAAGGGUUAUGCCUAAAGCGGACAAUAUCAUACAAUUGUGGAGAUACUUGGGGUAUGAGAGAUACAGUUGUCCUCGACAAAUAGCACAUGAAUUCUCAUAAGGAACCUUUUUCGAAGAACUGGACAGUUUUGUUAGAAUAAAACUUGCAGAAGCCAAAAUGUUCCUAGCACUGCUGAUUAUGCUAGAAGGGAAGCAGAAGAUUUGAAGCCAACUUCAAUUAUUUUUCCCUUUUCUAAUCUUUUAAAUGUAUGAUUGUUAUUUGAUUGAGCCCUGAAUGGACAUGGAUGGUAACAAGCAAAGCUGCUAUGAUAUAAUUGCAGAAGAAAGUGAAAUUUGAACAAUCACUAUGAAUAUACUCUUCUUUUAUAUUAAUCUUUAAA